CGCUUUAUUUCUUUUUCUUUUUCUUUUCUUCUUAUGCAGUCUAUCUUUGAUAUUCAGAAAGAAAAAGAGGAUUUAUAUGCUAUUCUGAACUGCGUAGACACAAGUUCGCCAGAGCAAAUAAAGACCGAAUAUAAACGUUUAGCACUUAUACACCAUCCUGACAAAUCCCUUUCACAAACAAAAGAGUUUGAGCAAAUCAAAGCUGCUUAUGAAAUUGUCGGCAAUCCUCAAACCAGAGCACUUUAUGAUAAGUGGAGAAAUAGCAGUCUAAUCAUUCCAUUCUCUGAGUAUGCUCAAUUGGGCACACAUGCACAGGUAAAAGAAACAGAUACAAGUUGAUAACUAACACAUAUCGGCAAGACGGUACACUGGCAAUCAUUGCCCACACAAAUGACAUUGACUAAAGACGACGAUACAGACACGAAGAAGAGUCCAUUGAAAAGUAUACGCAUACCCGCAACAGCACAACACUUGCCUACUGUCAAUGUAGGCACCUCAGGAUUCUGGAAAACAAAAAACUAUACAAUUCAAGAAAAACCUUAAUAAAACGAUCCAGAAAUGA